AUCCCUUUUUGGGCGUCCGACCACAUGUGUGAAUUAUGAACAAAAUAUGGUUCUUUAGUGAAUUUUUGUUCUAAAUAGCCGAUUUCACAGUGAAUUAUACUCGGUAUCGAUAGAUAAAGUGCGUGCGGAGCGUUCAGUGUCGAAAAAAAGUUGGAACUCGACGACGGAAGUGCAUUUUUUCGAUGUAAAUACGGGCCAUCCAGGGUCAGUCUGGUGCGCCGCGAGGAUUUCUUGAAUAUUUCCAAGAAGUGUGCUCUUGUGUCGCGCUCGACAGUCUCGCGUGUGUCUAAAGUAAAUCUCGACCUUCACCGCGGGUUCGAUCGGGUCACGUCCUGUGGGGGAGUCGGGUUGCGAUCUGCGGUACAGACGGCAGCAUGCCGUCGUGUUGAGCAGCAUGGAAGCGCGCUCGUGAUCGUCGUUCGGCGCGGAGCGCGCGCCCGGGCUUAUAUAACGAGGGCAGCGGCUGCGGCGGCAUGGCCGCGCGCGUGUCCGUCGAGGGCGCCGGGCCCUCGUACGCAUCCGUGCUAAACUUUCGGGGAGCCGAAAGUAAUAAGGAGAACAUUGAGGCGCCUCCGCCGGGGGAGGUGCCGGAGGUGGUGGUGCGGCAGGUGGAAGUGGAGGAGGAGGAGGGCUUCGUGCCCGUGAUAGCGCACGGGCGGAGGCCGGGCAAACCGCGGCGCGAGCGGGAGCGCCGAGCGCCGCCGCGGCCGCACAAGGCAGGGCCUCAGCCGCCCACAGACCCCCACGCGCCGCCGAACCCUGACCAACCUCAGCAAGAAGAUGAUGAUCAGCCUAAGAAAUUUGUUGAAGCACCCAUCCCGAAGGUCAACCCCUGGCAGGUCCGAGGAGGCAGCACCGGAGUCCCGCCGCCGGCGCCUCCGGCGUUAGAAGAGAAAAGGUCACCGCUGCAGCCCCAGCAGCAGGGCAGGGCGCAGCCCCCGCCGCAACCGGCGCCGAUUGUGCAACCAGAACCAGUGCUGGCGCCACCCAAGCCUGCCAUCGUGAAGGCGCCCAAGAUACCGAAGGUCAACCAAAAGGCAUCAGACUUUACGGACAUUGGCGACUGGCCGUCGCUAGGCGCGGCGGGGGCCGGCGCGGCGCGGUGCCACUCGACCCCCCCGCCGUCCGACGCCGAGACUUCGCACCAUAACGGCAACGCGGACCAGGAACGCAAGCCGCUAGAAGAGCACCAAGCCAAGGUGGAGAAGGUGGAACCCACGCAGAACCACCAACAGCACAACGAUAAGCACCACGACAAGCACAACGACAAGUCUAAAGCCGCAGGAGGUGGCAAAGGCCCACACAAAUCCGGCAAGCACAAAUGGGUGCCGCUCGAUAUCGACGUAAAAGCGGCGCGGCCGGGCAAGCACGGUCCACCGCACGCCGCAAGGCCUGAUAAUGACACGGUAUCCCUGAAUGGCGAGGAGCGGCGCGGGUCGCUCCGCGCUCGCGGGGCGGGGACGGGCGGAGGGGCGCGGGGCGCGGCGCGCGGGGGCCGGCGCGGGGGCGCGGCGCCCCGCCCCGCCUCCGCGCUGCCCGCGCCCGUGCACGUCUUCCACCACGACUACCAUCAUGACUUACAACAGCUCCGCGUGGCUCAGCCGGCAGUCGCACAGGGCCUGGUGCUGCACUACGGGGGCAUAGGGCUCCCGCCGCCGCCGCUGGCGGCCCCGCUGGCGCAGGCCUUCUACUACGGUGCUGCACAUGCUACCAGCGCACCCUAUGGACUGGGACUUGACCAGGCUACGUUGAAGGAUCUCAUUAAGAAGCAGAUCGAAUACUACUUCAGCCCUGACAACUUAGCGCGCGACUUUUUCCUCCGCCGCAAGAUGGCCGCCGACGGCACCAUCCCCGUCACGCUCAUCGCCUCCUUCCACCGCGUGCGAGCGUUAACACCAGACGUGGCGCUCGUCCUGGACGCCAUCCGCGACUCCGACAAGCUGCAGCUCGUCAACGGGUUCAAGGUCCGAACAGCGUUUGAGCCUACAAAAUGGCCGCUGCUCGACAUAAUGAUGAACGAGGACACCGACAAGAAGUCCCCCGAUGACAACAAACAGAAAGAGGACAAGGAGCCAAAGGAAGCUCAGAAGAGCGUAGAAGAGAAGGAAGCGCAGAAGAGCGUGGAAGAGAAGGAAGCACAGAAGGCGCCCAGUAUAGGCGGGGAGACGGAGAAGAUUGAGAUUAAAAAACCCGAACCAGCACUUGAUACCAAACCAGAGCCCUCUCCAGAAACUGAGAAGGCCGCUGAGGAAACGAAAGAGAAGGAAAAUAAAGAGAACGAGACGGAGGAUAAGGACAAGAACAAGCGGGACAACGAGGACCCGCCGCUGCAGAACGAGGGAGAGGACAAACCGGGGGAGAAACGCCGCAAGAAGCAGAUGGUGGGCAUCUUCCCGCUGGCCACGAUGGGCGGCCCGCUGGUGGCGCCCGUGUCCAGCCUGCUGCGCGCCGUGCCGCCCCCGCCUCUGCCCAGGAUGUUCCGGACGCGCGGCUCGGGGUCGCCGCCGGCGCACGACCCCCUCAACCCGGACGUGGCCGAGUUCGUGCCGCAGCGCAAGACAGAAGAACCUAGCAAGAAAGCGGAAGGGGAAUCGAGACAGACCUCCGGAGCCGGCAGCCCCAGCUCCGAGAGAAGCGGAGCGGACGUGUGGACCGAGGUGAAACGGAGGACGAAGGCCGGCAGCCGCGAGCGCUCCGCGCCGGCGCCGGCCCCCGCCCCCGCCCCCGCGUCCGCGUCCGCCCCCGCCCCCGCGCCCGGCGAGGAGGCGCCGCAGCGCGAGGAGCUGCACUUCCAGCUCGACGAGGAGCUGGACCUGCCGCCGCCCAGACUCAACACCUUCACCGACGGAGACGCCUGGUCGGAUUCCGAAUCGGACUUCGAGCUGUCGGACCGCGACGUGGGCCGACUGCUGAUCGUGACGCAGACGGGUGGCCGUGCGGUUAAACACGACGGUCACGACCGCCAGGGCGACUGGAACACUCGCACCAAGAUCUCACAAGAUCUCGAACAGGUCAUAACUGACGGGUUGAGGCGUUACGAGGAGGACUUGUGGAACGACACGGAAUACACUUCGUCUCACGGCAGCCUGGGCUCGCACUACCGCACCGUGUCGCUGAUAUCCCGCGAGCAGUUCGAGGCCACGCAGCCCAACGAGCGACACUCCAACCCCGACCAGCCGCCACCGCCUCCGCCGAGGCCGCAGAUGGUGGAGCAACAGGAACAAGGCAGCAAAGCGAAGAGGCCGCGUCGCACCGCCCGUUUCUACGCCGCUAAUAAGGACCCCCACGCCACUGAUGUUAUCACAAGCCGCAAGCACAAGACCAGGCACAGCCUCAAUCCGCCCGUGGAGCACCACGUCGGCUGGAUCAUGGACAUCCGCGAACACCGCGCCAGGACACACAGCACCGGAUCAUCACUAGGCACGUCACCGACGCUGGGGUCCUCUUGCGGCUCCGUGCCACAAUCGCUGCCGACGUUCCACCACCCGAGCCACGGCCUGCUCCGCGAGAACCACUUCACUCAGCAGGCCUACCACAAGUACUACUCGCGCUGUCUGAAAGAGCGCAAGAAGCUGGGCAUCGGGCAAUCGCAAGAGAUGAACACGCUGUUCAGAUUCUGGUCGUUCUUCUUGAGGGACCACUUCAACAGGACCAUGUAUAACGAGUUCAGGACAUUAGCGAACGAGGACGCCACUGCCGGUUUCCGGUACGGGCUGGAGUGCCUCUUCCGGUUCUACUCGUACGGGCUGGAGCGCAAGUUCCGCCCCGAGCUGUACCAGCACUUCCAGCAGGAGACCGCCACCGACUACGAGCGAGGUCAACUGUACGGUCUGGAGAAGUUCUGGGCGUUCCUGAAGUACUACAAACACGCCGGAGCCCUACAGGUGGAGCCCAAGCUGCAGGGCUACCUCGCCAAGUUCAAGAGCAUCGAGGACUUCCGCGUGUUAGAGCCGCAGCUGAACGAGCUCCUAGCCGCCUGCGGCCCCGCCGCGCCGGGCCGCGGCCCGCACGCGCGCCCCUACGACCGCCACCGCUCCGUGUCCGAGAGCGAGCGCAACCAUGCCAGCAGACCCUUCAGCCGACCAGCGCCGGCCAACAACAGCAACAACAACCGCGGCCGCGCCGGCUCCUGCGGCUCUCAGAGCGUCGUCGCCAACGCGCGCCCCCGACCCCCGCCAAAAAGCAAACCAGAGUGCGCGCCCUCGGCCGCCCCCCCCGCCCCGCAGUGAUGCCCGCGCGCACGUUCACGUACACACGAGUGCGCACACGACCCAAUGCAUUUGUUCAAGACUAUUAUAUAGUGCAUAGACACACAGUCGAUUUAGUGUUAUAUAAGCGUGAGUGUAGUGUUGCCGGGUUAUCGCGGCGAGGACCGGUCUCUGAGGUGCAGGCGAAAUGGUGUAGAGCCUAGCUUGUACGCAUUGACAAUAAACAACGCUACGCGACAAACGCGCGACAGUCGCGCGACAAACGCGCGACAGUCGCGCGACAAACGCGCGCCACGGCUUAUAGUGUAAGCUACAUAUUAACAAACAUAUAUUAUAUUUUUGACAUUGUACCAUAUUCGAGCCGAACUUCAAAUUGCAGUCAUCUUAGUUAUAUUCAUUUUCCUAGUAUAUAAUUAAUAAUAUAUAUAAAAAAAAUAGUUAAGUUUUUUUGUUCGCUUGUGUAGUUAAGGAUUUUUUUUGUCAUGGCAACACUAA